GUAACGAUUAACCGCGAGCCGGUUGAAAAUCGAUUCAAAUAUGUGACGAUUCAAAUCGGUUAAGAUGCUAAACAAAUCGCGAUUCAGUUAGGGGUAGGAGUUUAUAUGAAUGUAUGUCUGAGGGGAAGUUACUGUCUUUAGAAAAGUGUAGAUGGUAUUUUUUCAUUUCAUCUUGCCUCUUUAUAUUAAAGUUCAAAGUGCAGCGCUGCUUUGUUUACAGCGGAAACCAAGGAAACGCUUAAAGCGCCACCUGCUGGCAGAGACUGAAUCUGCGUCUCAUUCAGCUCGUCUGCUGUUUCUGUUUCAUGCAGAAAUUUUUUAUGUAUACAGUAGUUUCACAAAACUGAAGUCAGACCAUUCUGUUUUUGCUUCAAAUUUCGAAAUUAUACAAUCUAAAUCUAAUUUAGAUUAAAAACUGCUCAUGUUGCAUGUAUGCAGCAUCUUUGUUUGGAUAAUGAUUAAAAUCCAUUUAAUGAUUUAAAUGGAAAGAGCACAGACAAAGCCUUAUUUUGUUUAUAUGAAGAUAUUUCUUUUAUUUGUGUUAUUUAUUUGAUUUGGAACUUGUUUUAAAAUUUCAAUUUAGUUUUGUUAUUUACAUUUACAUACAACAAAAGAGUAAUAAUAUGCAAGUGCUAUGUUAGUAUAUUAUUAUAGUGUUAUAUUUCAAUUUCACAAAGAAACGUGCUGCAUUUUGUCCAAGCAAUAAUAAAAGGACACAUUUAAUUUAUAAUUUGUCUUAAAUCUCAUUUUGUAAAAAAAAACUCUGACUCGAAUCGAAUCGUGAGUUGAGUGAAUUGUUACAUCCCUGGUGGUCGUCGAGGUGAGCUUCAACAUCCGUGAUUCUGUAAAACAAAAUCACUCUCAUAAGAAAGGUACAAAGCUGUCAUUGGGGUGGUACCAGUAUAAAGGCAAACUGGUAAAUCUUUGUACCUUUUCUGAGAGCGUAUAGGUUUAAAAAAAAAAAAAGUUUAGUAGCUGGUCUGGUCUUGCACGUUAAAGCUGUAAAACUAAUUUUGCUGUUCUGUCAAGUCAAGCUGGACUGAAGUUUGUAGUUUUACGAAUAUAGUUUAAUACUCGUGUAUAUAGAAUAUAGUUUAAUACUUGUGUAUAUAGAAUAUAGUUUAAUACUUGUGUAUAUAGAAUAUAGUUUAAUACUCGUGUAUAUAGAAUAUAGUUUAAUACUCGUGUAUAUAGAAUAUAGUUUAAUACUCGUGUAUAUAGAAUAGUUUAAUACUUGUGUAUAUAGAAUAUAGUUUAAUACUCGUGUAUAUAGAAUAUAGUUUAAUACUCGUGUAUAUAGAAUAUAGUUUAAUACUCGUGUAUAUAGAUUAUAGUUUAAUACUUGUGUAUUAAACUACUUGUGUUAAAGGCACAGACGAAUAAUGAAUCAUUCAAAGUAAUUCUAAACAAACACAGGUUUUAUUUGUCUCUUAAAUACAGUACAAUGCUCAAGGUCUGUCAAGUCGCGUGGGGCAAACCAGCGUUUUAUAACAGGCAUAAAAAUAGGAGAAGGAUUUAGUUCUAAAUAUUAGGGGGUUAUCUGUGUAAAGUUACUCAUUGACCCUGAGUCCUGUUUAUUUUGGAUCCCAGAAGUGGCAUGAAACUCAGCUGUGCCUACUUCUAUAGUUUCACACACUUUCAUUACAAAAUGCUAAACACCACAUUUCCUAUUGUGUAAUUAAUCAGUUUCAUGUUAGUUAUUUGUAUGAAAAACACUUACAAUACUAUUCAGACAAAAGGAACUGUCAUGUAUUUAUUUAUUUUCCUAAAACAUUCUUUUUUAUUAUUAUUUUACAUUAUUUUAAGUCUACAAAUGCUACUACAGGUUCAGGUAAUUGCUGUUACGGUUGUAGCUGUCAACAGCACAAAUCUGCACUACACCCAGGAUUGUGUCACACAAACGUAUAAAAACAAAACAAUAAUAAACUUUAAUCUAGUUAGAUUUACAGUUAUGAACAUUGAACAUGUGAAGACUUUUGACUGAUAAUUAACAUUGUUUUCUUGACUACUAAGACAACAGAUUUCCAAUUUUAGAAAUUGAAUGUUGAAAUUUGAAACUAUAAUUGCAGUAAUUACUGUUUUUCCUCAUCUUUUAUUCUUUCAUUUGCUCAGGCUUUGUCAGGGUUUUGUUUCCACUUCAGGCGCUAACUCUUUCUUUAUCCUUUUGCCAUCCCAACCUUCAGCCAGAGUCUCUGACGCUGAGAUCAAGUCUCUGUCUGAGACGCUGUACAAGUUAGACCAUAACAGAGCCACAGCCUCAGAGCUGGUCAUUGAUCCUCAGACACUGAUCUCUUCAUCUGAGACCGGCUCCGAGGAUGACCAGUCAUCUCGCCCAUUGUUCAAGCAAGUGAGUAGUACUUUGCUCUCCAAGCCCACGUAUCAAGCUCUGCUGAAUCUAUUAGACAACUAUAGAAGGGUGUCAGGGGAAGCGGAGGAUGUGACCUCACAGGAAGAGCAGGAGCAGGACACUUUCCUCCAAGAGGCCAUGAACACUGAUGUGGGCAGGGAGCUUUACAAUUUCCUCCACUCUAAAGGUAUAUACUCAUCACAGAGCGAGUUUAUCCAGGAUCUGAAGAUGAUGUGGUUUGGUCUUUACUCUCGAUCUAAAGGCAAAAAACUGGACUCCAGCGGGUUUGAGCACACCUUUGCAGGGGAAAUUAAGAAAGGAAAGGUGUCUGGUUUCCACAACUGGCUGCAGUUUUAUCUGAAUGAGAAAGAGGGCCUCCUGAAUUACUACAGCCAUAGUUUUAAUGGCCCUUGGACCACAUAUCCUGAUGUAUUGGGAAUGCAGUUUGAAUGGGAUGGCUAUUUCAAAGAGGUUGGUUCUGCCUUCAUUGGCUCUAGUCCUGAAUUUGAUCUGGCUAUCUACAGUCUCUGCUACAUCACCCGUCCUGGCAAGAAGUGUUAUGUGAGUCUGGGAGGAAACACUCUGGGCAUUCAGACCUAUACAUGGGAAAACAGCAGCUAUGGGGAUGGAAAGAAGUACAUUGCCUCCGCUUACCCUGCCUCACCAUGAUUCCCUGUCAUCUGAACAUCAGUAUCAACAGACUCACAACCAAAACAACUCAUAUGUAAUCUUCAUUUUUUCUUGGUUGUUCGAGGUUGAUGUUGAACCAAAUAAAACACAAGAAUAGAAAAACACUCUCCCUGUCUGUAUUUUUACUAAAACAUAAUAAU